AUGGUACAGACGCAGUUCAGUAAGAAGGUCAAGUUUGUGCGACACUACGGAGCUUGCGAGCUCGCAACCAACUCGCUUCGUAUUUUCUACGAAGACGAAGGCAUUGAACAGCAUGUUGAAAAGACAGCGGCUGUGAAGAAGACACCUCGUCAAGCUGCGUCAAGUGUUGAAGCAAGUGGAAGACCAAGCUUCGCUAUACCGGUGGGUACCGGUAUGUACCAGUAA